AUGCCAACGGUAGACUGCAGGUUGCUCCAUCAUGGCCGGAUCAUGAGGUGUUUGACUUAUCUACUGCUACUUCCAGAAACACUGAAGAAGUCAAAGAAGGUCAGCAAGCUCCCGGGCAGGCUGCCGUUAUGUUAUGAGAUCCUGACACUGUCCCUGACCAGCAAGAAGAAGAAGCAGCAGCAGGAAGAGGAGCAGGAGAAGAUGGCUGCGGAGUUGUACCCCGCCGCCAACACCAACCUGUCCUCCAGCGGCACCACGGUGGCGGACACCGAGAAGCUCAAGGAGGUUCCGGUGAGCCAGGCGGGGAGCAGCGCGGCGACCACCCCGACCACCCAGCAAAACAUCAACAACAACAACGUAGACCCCCCGAGCUGGCCGUGCAGCCACCCCACACUCCGAGAGAGGAAUGCCUUGAUGUUUAACAAUGAGCUGAUGGCUGAUGUCCACUUCAUUGUUGGCCCCUUGGGGGGGUCUGAGAAGGUUCCAGCACACAAGUAUGUGCUGGCCGUGGGAAGCUCCGUCUUCUGUGCCAUGUUUUACGGCGAUCUGGCAGAGGAGGAUUCUGAGAUCCAUAUCCCAGAUGUGGAACCUGCUGCUUUUCUAAUUCUGCUGAAGUACAUGUACAGCGAUGAGAUCGACCUGGAAGCAGACACGGUGCUGGCCACCCUGUAUGCCGCCAAGAAGUACAUAGUUCCUGCACUGGCCAAGGCCUGCGUCACUUUCCUGGAAACGAGCCUGGAGGCCAAGAACGCCUGCGUGCUGCUCUCCCAGAGCCGCCUGUUCGAGGAGCCCGAGCUGACGCAGCGCUGCUGGGAGGUGAUUGACGCUCAGGCUGAACUUGCGCUCUGUUCGGAGGGCUUCUGCGAGAUCGACCAGCAGACGCUUGAGAUCAUCCUGCGGAGGGAGACGCUCAACACCAAGGAGGUGGUGGUGUUUGAGGCGGUCAUGAACUGGGCCACAGCACAGUGCAAGAGACAAGGUUUGGGGCCCACAACCCGCAACAAAAGAGAAGUCCUGGGCAAGGCGCUGUUCUUAGUGCACAUCCCCUCCAUGAGCCUGGAGGAGUUUGCUGACGGGGCGGCGCAAUGUGAUAUCCUGACACUGGAGGAGACGCACAAUGUGUUCCUGUGGUACACUGCAGCGAAAAAGCCAGAUUUGGAAUUCCCUCUGACGGAGAGGGAGGGCUUGGCACCUCAGAGGUGCCACCGCUUCCAGUCCUCGGCCUACCGGAGCAACCAGUGGCGCUACCGCGGCCGCUGCGACAGCAUUCAGUUCGCGGUGGACAAGAGGAUGUUUAUCGCGGGUCUGGGGCUGUACGGGUCAAGCGGCGGUAAAGCGGAAUACAUCGUCAAAAUCGAACUUAAGAGACAAGGGGUGACCCUGGCGCAGAACAUGACAAAGUUUUUGUCGGAUGGGUCGAGCAGCACGUUCCCCGUGUGGUUCGAGCAUCCUGUUCAGGUGGAGCAGGACGCCUUCUACACGGUGAGCGCCGUGCUGGACGGGAACGAACUGAGCUAUUUUGGCCAGGAGGGCAUGACGGAAGUGCAGUGCGGGAAGGUGACAUUUCAAUUCCAGUGCUCCUCCGACAGCACCAACGGGACCGGAGUACAGGGAGGACAGAUCCCAGAGCUGGUGUUCUAUGCGUAAGCUGGUCUGGACUGCAGAUGGAAAAUUAGGUUUAUCCUGCCUCCCAGCCUUUAAAGUAAUGUAGCAUAAAAGACACUUGACUGAUGUCACACUAAAUGGCCUGGUUAGUUCUCAGAGAGACUAUUUUAAGAGUCAAGGAGCUGUUGUUUUAUCUUAUUUAAUUUAAUCUUAUUUUUUUAUUUAAAUACUGGGUUAACGUUAUUUGCUCUGAUGGCUGUGUUGAAAGGCUGCGGCUGCUGUCGAAACAACAUUAAAACAGUGAUUUGUUGUUAUGUAAUCAAGCUGAGCGCCACAACUGGAACAAGUUGGGACUGCUUCAAAUUGUGAACUUGCAAGUCUACACCAUGUUGUUACUAUAGUCUACGCAGCAAUGUUUCACCAGGAGCAACUUUAUGUAGUGUUAUGAUUCAAAUGCAAAAAAAAAGUAGAAAUCUUGUCGAGAACAGAGUUGUUUUGCACUUCAGAGGACGGCCUCAGAAACAUUGUGUCUUUUGUAAAAUACGAUUUAAAUGUGAACAGCUUGAUGCUGUUAGAGAUGACAGAUGUGUUCUGUAUAAAAAUGCUUAUACACCUGAUGAUAAAACAUAACGGUUAUAAUGUGAUUGAGGCUUCAGAUGUCACAUCAUUGUGGGUGAGGGGAUUCGAGGGACUGCAGCGCCCCCUGGGUACUGCAGUGGGAGCUACACCUGGGUUUUUAACGAGAACAUAAAGUUCUUGCAGCAAUGGAUGGAUUAGUCACCAGGAGUCGGUACAGUACAGGGGCCAGAGGAGUCGUUUGGGCCCCUCAGCAAGAGCAUCUUUUUAAAGUCACUGUUAUAAUCAUCUAGUUGGGAAGUCAGAGGGCUCAGUUAAAGUAGACAUGCUCCUGUGGUGUUUUUACCCAGAUCCUUUAACAUUGAGCAACUGUGGGUCAAAUUCAGAUUUAUUCAUGAACGUUUUGUCCAAUGUAACCCAAGAGCUGCACAUACUUAACCUACAGUAAACCUACAUAAGCACUUGAUAUAUGCUUAUCGAUAUUUGAUGGGGAUGAAGCAAUUUAACAAAGUUUUAUUAUAGCCUUAUGCUCCUUUUAACUUUGACACUAUUUAAGUAAAGUCACUUGAAUAUGUUUAGCAGCUGCUUACAGACAGUAGAACUUGCUGACUUAACCUACAGAAAACCAACAUUAAUAUUAGUAAAGGAUUUCAAAUGUGUUUGACCACAGUAGGACUGCCUGCUCUUGGUCAAAGAGUUAAACUGACUUUUAUGAUCUCAGUGGAUAAAGAUUUUGGACGAUGGA